AUGCUCGCUGACCAGCCCAAGCGACAGGGCAUGCCUGCUCAUGCGCUGGGCAAUGUUGCAGAACACCCCGUGCAGGUGCACAACCGCGAGGUGCUGCCAGAGACUGGUCCGACGCCGCAGGAUGCCGAUGCGGAAGACGCAGCGCUCGUACUCGAGGGACUUACCAUGGACGGCACGCUCGCUUUUAACCAGCACCGCGGGCGCGAGGCGAUGCGCCGUGCCAUUGACGACGCGCGCGACAUGGAUGGAAGGGACGCACAGCGCGAGCUCGCUCACGAAGGCAUCGUCGACCCGAUCGAGUACCCGCUCUGUGCGCACGAAGCGGCCAAAGUCGCCUCGUGCAAGAUGCUCAACUUUCCCCCAGAGACCGAGUCGGAGAACUGCGACACGGAGCAGUGCCCGAUGCUCUCCGCGUGCAGCAACAAUAGUCUGCUGAAGCUCAGCAGCGUCACCGAAUCGUCGCUGGGCUGGGGCCUUGGAUGGGCGAUGGCUGCCGCUCAGGAGAUUGGGCACUUUGACCAGAUGCAGGCCGCCGCCAAGAUCUUCAAGUCGCCGUCGAUCACGCCGGAGCGUGUAUCGGUGCUGACCGCCAUCAUCCGCACUCUGCCUACCUACGAGCAGACCGAGGCGCUGAUGGACGUGUACGAGCGUCGUGCCCAGACGUUUGUCCACAAUGUCGUGCACAUGCCCACGAUGCGCCGCGAAGUCCAAAUCUUUUACGCGCUCAACAGCCCGCUGCACCGCGCGUGUGCCACGGACAAGACCGAGACGUGCUGGCUGGGCCUCCUGCUGAUGGUGCUCGUGAUUGGCUUGCGGUUCCGCGAGACAAACAACCCCAAGCUCGAGGGGCUGCUCGGGCGCUUUACGGAUAUGCGCUUUGCCUCGCUCUGGUACAGUGCGACAAAGACGGUGCUCGUCCUCUCGGGCUACAAUGGAUCCCAGGCGCUCUCGGUUUUACAGACAAUCCUCUUGCUCAUGUUCCAGUGCCCGCAGUCGGCGAGCCACUCGCCGUCGCUCCUGCGCAUCGCCAUCUCGAAUGCACAGAGCAUGGGACUGCACCGUCUCGGCGAUCUCUCGAAUCAGCCCAAGCCGGACGAGCAGGUGGAAUAUGCCGUGCGCCGCGAGAUGGCCAAGCGCAUCUGGUGGGCGCUCGCCAUCUGCGACUGGCGCAAUGCGGCGGCGAGCACGGUGCCGUACGUAAUCCAGCCGCACCAGUGCAAUACACCGCUCCCUGGUAACUACAACCACAGCGACCUGAUGCGCGUGCCGUUUCCCCCGCCGCAUCCCCGCGACGAGCUGACGGAAAUGUCCUUUACGCUGUCGGUGAUUGAACUGAGCAAGGUUACUAGGGAGAAUGUCGACUGGGUCGAUACACUCGAGCUCCAGCAGGCGACCGAUGGCAAGCCGCGCCAGCUGAGCUGCGAUCAGGUCCGUGCACUGGACGUCAAGUACAACGCCGCGCUCACCGAGGCGCCCAUCUUUUCGGAUCGCGGCGUCGAGUACAUGAGCGCCGAGCUCAUCGAGGUCCAGCGUUGGGCAUUCCAGCAGAGUGUGUUUAACCGCCUCUUGCAGGUGCACAGGAUCGGCCUCAGCAAGAAGCAGGCUCGGAACUGCUGCGUGGAGCUGGCACGCAAGGUACUCUGCAUGCAAAAGACGAUCCGCUCGCGCAGCGACCUCGCGGACAAGCUCGUGAUGAACAUGCUUCAGAGCUUUAAUGCGACAACGCUUCUGUGUCUUGACCUGCUCUAUACGCCGCCUACUGCUAUACAGCGCGACACCAUCCGCGCCGAGAUCCUCGAGGGAUUGACCGGCAUGUGCCAGGCAGCCAAGGCAGGCGGCCUCACGCCGCGUGGUAUCCGGAUUGUGCACACGCUCUUGGACGAGGAGCAGGCCCAAUGGGAAGAAACACAGCGCCGUGAAAAGGCCGGCGCUCCGCCCCGCACACGCACCGACUUCCUCAACAUGGCGCUGCGCGUCGCGCGCAUCUCGCGCAUGACCGAACCUUUGGUAUCGGCCGAUCAGUGCGAGGAAAUGCCGCCGAAGCGCGAGUCGACCCCACCGCCGAGCGUGGUAGAGAUGCAGGACAACCCGCUGAAUGCAUUUCCCCCGCUCCAGCCAACGCUCACGGCCUUUGACCCGUACCAGAUGGGACCGAGCGGAUUCGAGGUGUCGAAUGCACAGUCGCCCGCGACCAACAUGGACUUUGACCUGCAAAAGUUCCUGGAAAACUUUGAAUUGCCUGCUUCGGAUCCCAAGCUUACAGGGACCGUCGAUCCGAACUAUGAGAUGAUGCAAUAUGAUAUGUCGAUGCCGAAUCCGACUGCACCGGCGCCGGCGCCAGUCCAGGGCCUGGACAGGUCCUGGUCAGAUCGGAGCGACUCUACUCGGACCGAUCCUUCGGUCUCCGACUCACUGUCGAUGAUGGUGCCGGGACUGAGUCACUCGAGCAGUCCCAGUGCACGGUCCGGCUCUGGUUCUUCACAGAACGGACGGAGUCCUUCAGGGCACAGUCCUUCUUCGCAUAUGGAUGGGUUCUGGGACUGGAUUCUUUCGCAGGGCUUGCGUACGGACAGCCCCAAUGCCGCUCCUGUGCCGGACAUGCUUUCCAAUGCCCAGGCAGCAUUCCCGGAUAUGUUUGGCACCACCCAGUCUGCAACGCCGGCUUUGUCGGCGCCGGCCCCUCAGGCUGGGCUCGACGCAAACUAUCCCAACAAAGCGCCCAUGCCUAAUGCCAUGCCUAAUGCCAUGUCUAUCGACCAGCCUUCGCAACAGCCUGUAUUCCCAUUUUGA